UUUUUGGUGGCAUUGUUUGAUCAGCUUGUUGACACCAUCCCUGCUUCCUCUUUCCUUAUCGCCAGACGAUCGCACUGCUACAAUGGCGGCCAUUGCGUCGUCCUCCGCCGUGCGCGUUGCUGCCUUCUCCCUGAAGGCUAACAGCCAGAAGAAGCUCAAUGGCAGCAGCUUCGUCGCUGGCGCGCCCCUCCGGGUGUCGUCCUCCGCCAUCUCUUCCCGCUUGACGAUGGCGGCAGAGGCUCCCCAGGGCUUCACCCCUCCCGAGCUGAAGUCUGACACUCCCUCCCCGAUCUUCGGUGGAAGCACCGGUGGCCUUCUCCGUAAGGCUCAGGUUGAGGAGUUCUAUGUCAUCACCUGGGAGUCUAAGAAGGAGCAGAUCUUCGAGAUGCCCACCGGUGGUGCCGCCAUCAUGAGGUCCGGCCCUAACUUGCUGAAGCUUGCAAGGAAGGAGCAGUGCCUCGCCCUCGGUACACAGCUCCGCACCAAGUUCAAGAUCAACUACCAAUUCUACCGAGUGUUCCCCAGCGGUGAGGUCCAGUACCUUCACCCCAAGGACGGUGUGUACCCCGAGAAGGUGAAUGCUGGCCGUGCCAACGCGAACGUGAACCUCCGCUCUAUCGGCAAGAACGUGGAUCCCGCAGCUGUGAAGUUCAGUGGCAAGCGUGCUAUUGAUCUGUAGAUUGCUUCCUGAUGGGCUCCCUGUACAUGUGUGUCAGCUUACUGUGUUGAACGCACGUAUGGGUUUAUGUAAUGAAAAUUUACUUGUUUUUUCCCUUGAUUCAAUAGAAGCGUUUGAAAACGCAAUGGACGCCUCUAACU